CAACUGUUAUUUUAUAUUUUACAAAAGAAACUUUCACAAUAGAAAAUGACAAUUCAUAAUUUAUAACCGAAAGACCAAUUUAAGUUAUGGAGGAAAGUUAAUUAUAGACCCAAAUAUCUAUCUUAGCAAAUUGGAUAGAUUUUAUACAUGGCUUACAAAUAAACUAAAAAUAGGAUAAUAAAAUAAUAAAUUGUGCCUAUAAAAACCUGUUGAUUUUAAACAAUACACAAUAAUAUUUUUUUGGAGAACAAAACAAUAUGUUUAAUCCCAGGAUUGGGCUCUUUUUUAUUGUAUGUUCAUUUUUGUUGUGUGCUUUCUCAUUUGCAACAACGGUUGAAUAUGAUACAAAUGCCAUUAUCAUCAAUGGAGAACGACGAAUAAUAAUAUCUGGUGCAAUCCACUACCCACGCAGCACUUCCCAAAUGUGGCCAGAUCUUAUUAAGAAAGCAAAAGAUGGUGGUCUUGAUGCCAUCGAAACAUAUAUAUUUUGGGACCUUCACGAACCUAUUCGCCGCCAAUAUGAUUUUUCUGAAAAUCUAGACUUCAUCAAGUUUCUAAAAAAUGUUCAUGAAGAAGGUCUUUAUGUUGUGCUUCGAAUUGGUCCUUAUGUUUGUGCUGAAUGGAACUAUGGAGGUUUCCCAAUGUGGUUACACAACUUGCCAGGGAUUCAACUAAGGACUGACAAUGUAGUUUUUAAGGAGGAAAUGAAAAUAUUUACAACAAAGAUUGUGACCUUGUGCAAAGAAGCUGGAUUGUUUGCACCACAAGGGGGGCCAAUUAUUUUAGCUCAAAUUGAGAAUGAAUAUGGAGAUGUCAUAACUAAUUAUGGAGAAGAUGGGAAUGCAUACAUUAAAUGGUGUGCCCAGAUGGCUUUAGCUCAAAAUGUCGGCGUCCCAUGGAUCAUGUGCAAGCAAAACAAUGCUCCAUCACCUAUUAUCAACACAUGCAAUGGUUAUUAUUGUGAUAAUUUCAAGCCAAACAAUCCUAAAAGCCCCAAAAUGUUUACAGAGAAUUGGGUUGGCUGGUUCCAAAAAUGGGGUGAAAGGAAGCCACACAGAACUGCUGAAGAUGUAGCAUUUUCAGUUGCACGUUUUUUUCAAAACGGUGGUGUCCUCCAAAACUACUACAUGUACCAUGGAGGAACAAAUUUUGGAAGAACUGCGGGUGGUCCAUAUAUUAUUACAGCAUAUGACUAUGAUGCACCACUUGAUGAAUAUGGUAACUUGAACCAACCAAAAUGGGGACAUCUUAAAAAACUCCAUGCCGCCAUAAAGUUAGGAGAGAAGGUUCUCACUAAUGGAACGGUUACAGAGAAGCAAUAUGGAGAUUCAGUAUAUUUGACUACAUAUGCAAAUAAUGCCACUGGAGAAAAAAUUUGUUUUUUGAGUAAUUCACAUAAUUCUAAGGAUGUUGAAGUUGAUCUACAACAAGAUGGAAAGUACCAUGUGCCUUCUUGGUCAGUGUCUAUUCUCCAAGAUUGCAACAAGGAAGUUUUCAACACUGCAAAGGUUGAUGCACAAACAAAUGUUUAUGUGAAGAAACUAUCUAAAGAAUUAGGAAACUCACUCAUCUGGACAUGGGCAUCUGACCCUGUGGAAGACACCUUACAAGCAAUAGGUACAUUUAACGCGUCUCAACUUUUAGAGCAAAAGAGUGUUACCGUUGAUGCUAGUGAUUAUUUGUGGUACAUGACCAAGGUUUUCAUCAAUGAAACAUCCACUUGGAGUAAUGCAACUUUGCAAGUGAACACAUCAGGCCAUGUUCUUCAUGCCUAUGUUAAUGGACAAUAUAUUGGCCCACAGUGGGGAACAUAUGAUAACCUUCGUUUUACAUAUGAAAAAAUCGUUUCAUUAAAACAAGGUACCAACAUUAUAAGUUUACUAAGUGGUACAGUUGGUCAUGCGCAUUAUGGUGCAUCUUUUGAUAUGAAAGAAACUGGUAUUGUUGGGGGUCCUGUGAAACUCAUUGCAACCAGUUCAGGUAAUACUAUGGAUUUAUCAAAAUCUAGUUGGUCAUACAAGGUUGGAUUAAACGGUGAGGCUAGAAGGUUCUAUGAUUCUAAAAUUAAAAAUGGAGUUCAAUGGAACAUAAACAAUGUUGUUAUAGGAAAACCAUUGACUUGGUACAAGACUACUUUUAAGACCCCUGAAGGUAAAGACUCUGUAGUCUUGGAUUUCAUAGGCCUUACAAAAGGACAUGCAUGGGUUAAUGGUCAAAGUAUUGGAAGAGGAAAUUAUGGAGCUGAUAAAUGUUUGAGUGGCUGUGGAGAACCAUCUCAGAGGUUUUACCAUGUGCCAAGGUCAUUCUUAAAUAAUGACACAAAAAGUAACACGUUGGUUUUGUUUGAGGAAAUGGGUGGAAGCCCUUUUAAUGUGUCUGUUCAAACAGUUGCAAUUGAUUUUAUAUGUGCAAGAACAGAUUAUGGAAAAACCUUAGAACUAAAAUGCCCUGAUGGAAAAACUAUUUCAGAAAUCCAGUUUGCGAGCUAUGGAGAUCCACAAGGAAAUUGUGGAUCAUUUCAAGUAGGUGAAUGGGAAUCACGCCAUAGUGUGGCAGUGGUCGAAAAAGCAUGUGGUGGAAAACAAUUAUGUUCAAUUAACGUGACAAGUUCCAUAUUUGGAAUAACUAAAGGUGGCAUAAAUGGCCAGCUAGCUGUGCAACUCCUAUGUGAUGGCUCUAAUCCUGAAGAUAAUCGUGUACAAAUGGUGCACGUGUAG